AUGAAUACAAUUAAAUAUUUAUUAUUAAUAAUUUUAAUAAUAAAUUUAUUAAUAGUAAUUUCAGUAAAUGGUAAUCAACUACAAUCACAAAUUAAUCAAUUUAGUUAUUCAAAUGUUACAAUACCAAGUGAAAAUUCGGAUGAUCCAUGUUCAUUUUGUACAGUAGGAAAUGAAAAUAAUUAUUAUUGUCCAUCACAAAAAACAUGUAUUACCGAUUUAAAUAGUGGUAAUAGUAGUUGGCCAACUUGUAAAGGUGGUUAUUGUAAUUCCGAUUCAUGUCAAUGUUAUGCUCAAUGUAUGAAUACAAUUUGGCCAUGUAGUAAUACUGUCGUUGGUGAUUUAAUGUUAAUGGCUGCUUAUGGUGUAUUAUUAGCAUUUGGUGCUAAAUUCAUUAGUGAUGGUAGUGAAGGUUUAAUGGAAAUUUUAGAUCCAGGUUUAAUUGGUGGUUUAGUUUUACCAAUUCUUUCAGCAUUACCAGAUGCAAUUAUUAUUGUAGUUGCAGGUGCAUUUGGUAGUAAUCCACAAGCACAAUUAAGUAUUGGUAUUGGUACAUUAGCAGGUUCAACAAUUAUGUUGAUGACAAUUCCAUGGUCAUUAAGUUUAAUACUUUCAAGAUGUGAUAUUAGAGGUGGACAAUCAGUUGAUGGCACAUUAACCAAUAAGUUUAGUUUAACAAAAACUGGUACAACAGUUGAUGAUGAUACACCAACCAAUGCAAAAGUUAUGAUUUUGACAAGUAUUAGUUAUUUAAUUGUUCAAGGUGUUGCAUUUGCAUACCUUAAAGAUCCAGAUAGUGGUAAAUCUGUUGAAAAAUGGUUUGCAUUGGUUGGAUUUAUUGUGUGUUUUAGUUUGAUGGCUGCAUAUUGCACCUAUCAAGUAAUUUCACCAAAAUUACAAGAGAAAAAAAUGACAGAAGCAAAGAGAAGUUAUCUUCAAAAACGUAUCAUUCAUCAUUUCAUUCAUAAUUUAACAAUAAAAAGAAAUUUAUUCCAAAAGGGUGAUAAUACUCAAUCGCAAUUAAUUACUUCUGAUCAGAAUGGUAAUGGUGAAAAUUCACCAUUAAUUUCAAAUGAACAUAAGAAAUUACCAGUUGAUAUUAAAGCAAUGGGUUUAAAAUGGAAAAAGAAUGCUCAUGAACAAGCUAUUCAACAUCAACAACAAGGUAGUAGUAAUGGUGAAACUUCAAUUCAAGUUGACGAAAAUGAUGAAAAAGAAGAAAAAGAAGAAGGUCCAAUUAACAAGAAAAAGAUUGCAUUACAAUCUGCUGGUUAUUUAUUACUAGGUACUGCAAUGGCAUCAAUUUUCUCUGAUCCAAUGGUUGAUGUUAUCACUAGUUUUGGUGAAAAAUUAGAUAUUGGUUUAUUCUAUAUCUCAUUUAUAAUUACACCAUUUUGUUCAAAUGCAUCAGAAUUAAUCUCUUCUUUAAUUUUCUCUUCAAAGAAAAAGAAAGCAAAUUCAUCACUAUGUUAUUCAGCUUUAUAUGGUAGUGCAACUAUGAAUUCUACACUUUGUCUUGGUAUUUUCUUUGCUUUAGUAUUCUUUAGAAAUUUGACAUGGGAAUUCUCUGCUGAAGUUGUUUCCAUCUUAUUUGUUGUAGUUUCCGUUGGUCUUAUAGGUUCAACUCAAAAAACUAUGAAAACUUAUUUAGCACCAAUUGUAUUAUCUUUAUAUCCAUUAUCUUUAUUAUUAGUUUUCUUAUUAGAAAAGUUUGCAAAUUGGCAAUAA